AUGGCCACCCUUGUCGCUCACAACAACCCUUCAAUUUUAUCAGCUUCUGCUGGCAUUCAAGGCGUAAAUAAACGCUAUCGUCCAGCCCCUGCAAAGACUUUUCAAUGCAGAGGUUAUGGCGAAUGUCGUAUGGUUUUCAGCAGAAGUGAGCAUCUUGCCAGGCACAUUAGGAAACACACUGGCGAGCGCCCUUUUACUUGCCACUGCAGCAAGCAAUUUUCGCGUCUCGAUAAUCUCCGUCAGCAUGCUCAGACCGUUCAUGCUGAUAAGCAAGAACAGAAUGAGCGCAUGAUGCGUGAACUUACCUCUCUUCAUGCUUCUAUGGCAGCCGCAAAUAAAACCGGUCAGCCAAGAGGCAAGAGGGGUCAAGCUUCCGUUAAUGCAGCUGCAGUACUCGCCGCAAGCAAUCAUUCAGGAUCUCAAGAUAGUGCAAUGCAUGGUCUCGAUCAAGUCAAGGAGGAGGACUUGUCUGCCUCUCUCCACCCCAUGCACCAGCGUCCCGGUACGAGCACUGGUUACGAGGGUGGUGACAACAUGAUUUACGGUGACGGUUGGAAUUCCGAUUUGGAUCGUGGUGGCAACAUUAAUCCUCGACCAACAAACAACCAUUCCUUUCGUGACUCCAGCCAGUCCUUUCGUGUCCCCCCCGCAUCCUCAACUUCCUGGCAGCAGCAAUCGCAGUCCUUUCAGACCUUCACCACCAACACAUUCAACUUCAGUAUCCCCUCUAGGGACGGUCUCUCACGGGAUGGUCGGCCCGGAUCUAGCAGCAGCAGGCCACCAACUGCAGGCGGUCCCGACGCACAUGCUAGAACGCUCCCGCCACUCGCUGCCGUCGUCUCCGCGACAAUCUCCCCUCCAUCAUCCCAAUCAUUCGCCAUCCCACCUCAGUCAGCACAGCACGUACUUCCCUUACCCUUCAGAAGACCUUCCACAGCCAAUCGCCCAGGCACAGCUCCCGCAUCAAUCCUCUCCACAAAACCUGCUUACGCUGGAGGGCCUGGAUUGGUCACAGAAUUAUCCGUUCCAGUCUAUGGACGCGGCGACAUGGCAGCGCCAUCCUCCUACGGGAGCGUCUCAUACGAUCCAGAACCAGCAUCUCCAACAGGGGGUUCAUAUGACUCACCGUUUUCCUUCCACCCACCGGCGCUCGCCGACCCAGUCUCAUCUGGUGGGCCUUUCGCAUAUUCACCACCAAGCAACCCUCGCAAACGACCAUACCCGGGACCAGACGAUGAUGUCCCACGUCGAGAACCCAGCAGCGGCCUUUCAGGGCCUGGAGAAUACGAAUACGGCUCAGAAUCACGCCCUCAAUCUAGAAGGCUCACCGUCCUGGAACUCUGCAACGACCCAGAUGCAGAUGCAGGAAUACGAUCAUUUUUACCCGGUGCAACAGGAUCGGCUUCACGGCCGACUACCGCAUCAGGACUCAUCUCAUCAGCAUCUACCCUCACACUCGUCGAUAGAACACCAAUCUCAAGCUACACACUACUCCCAGGAGCUCAGACGCCAACAGCUUCAGCAGCUGCAGCAGCAGCGUAUAGCGCAAGCACGGCGUCGCUCGGGGGAGGCAGAGUUUCUCCACAAUUUCGGCACGACAUAUCAUCGGCAUCAGCAGCAGCAGCAGCAGGCUCCCUACUUUCCGCUAGCAGAGGAAACUUCGCAUCUUCACCCUUAUCAGACACAUCACGCAGCCCACGAUCCCAACCACACGGCGUUGCCUUCGCCACCGUUGCUCGAUCCGUCAGCAUACAAUCAAACUCGUCAUCCCCUUCAUCCAAUGGGGCAACCCCUCCCGCACUAUCUAGGCGAGGAAGGGAAUCCCCAGCUUCAUCUCCGUACUCCUCCUCUGCAGUUGGAAUGAAAGUGUGA